UUGUAUGAGUUCCAGAGAAGAUGGCUUAUGUUAGCCUAAAGGAAUUUGGACUAAUAUUUGGAGUAGUGGCCGCUUGCUACUGGAACAGUCUAUUUUGUGGCUUUGUUUUUGAUGAUGUUUCUGCCAUUUUGGACAAUAAAGAUUUGCAUCCUUCAACUCCAAUUAAGAAUCUUUUUUUGAAUGACUUCUGGGGAACACCCAUGUCUGAGGAGAGAAGUCAUAAGUCGUAUCGCCCUCUCACUGUCUUCACAUUUCGUUUGAACUAUCUUUUCAGUGAAUUAAAUGCUAUUUCUUACCACUUCCUGAAUGUCAUCUUUCACGCAAUUGUUUGUAUCAUUUUCCUCAAAGUCUGUAAGCUUUUCUUGGACAACAAAAGCAGUUUGGUUGCAUCUUUACUAUUCGCAGUACAUCCCAUACAUACUGAAGCAGUAACUGGUGUGGUGGGCAGAGCAGAACUUCUCUCCUCAAUUUUUUUUCUGGCUGCUUUUCUGUCCUAUACCAGAUCCAGAGGGCCGGAAAACACUAUAGUGUGGACUCCUAUUGCAGCAACAGUUUUUUUGGUGGCUGUUGCUACAUUAUGUAAGGAACAAGGAGUAACCGUGGUGGGGAUAUGUUGUGUCUAUGAAGUAUUUAUUGCUCAAGGGUAUACUGUGCCAAUUCUUUGGUAUACAGUGUUACACAUUCUUCAAGGCAAAGGCAGCAUUCCCUACUGUAUGCUUCAAAUGCUACUGAAACUAAUUGUUCUGAUGUUCAGUACCCUACUACUUGUUGUGAUCAGAGUUCAAGUUAUACAGUCCCAGUUACCGGUGUUUACAAGGUUUGAUAACCCAGCUGCUGUAAGUCCAUCUCCUGUGAGGCAGCUGACUUUCAAUUACCUCCUUCCAGUAAAUGCUUGGCUGCUUCUAAAUCCUUCUGAAUUGUGUUGUGACUGGACAAUGGGCACCAUCCCAUUGGUAGAAUCCAUACUAGAUAUAAGAAAUAUUGCCACUGUCACCUUCUUCUGCUUUUUGGGCACUUUGGUGGUCUUCAGUCUCCGAUAUCCUGGGGAUUCCUCCAAGACUGUAUUAAUGGCACUUUGUUUAAUAGUUUUGCCAUUCAUCCCAGCGUCAAACCUUUUUUUCCCUGUUGGCUUCGUAGUAGCAGAACGAGUGUUAUAUGUUCCCAGCAUGGGAUUCUGCAUGCUAGUGGCUCAUGGGUGGAAAAAGCUGUCAAGUAACAGUACCCUGAGAAAGCUAUCAUGGAUUUGCUUGUCUUUGGUUUUGUUCAUUCAUGCUUUAAAAACAUUGCAGAGGAACUGGGAUUGGGAAUCGGAAUACACAUUGUUUAUGUCUGCUUUAAAGGUGAAUAAGAACAAUGCCAAACUCUGGAAUAAUGUGGGUCAUGCUUUAGAAAAUGAAAAGAACUUUGAAAGAGCGUUGCGAUUCUUCAUACAGGCCACCCAAGUGCAGCCAGAUGAUAUUGGUGCCCAUAUGAAUGUAGGAAGAACUUACAAAAAUUUAAACAGAACCAGAGAAGCAGAAGAAUCCUACUUAGUUGCAAAAUCAUUGAUGCCACAGAUUAUUCCAGGUAAAAAAUAUGCUGCGCGAGUCGCUCCUAACCAUCUGAAUGUUUACAUAAACCUUGCAAACCUGAUUCGGGCAAAUGAGUCUCGUCUUGAAGAAGCAGACCAAUUGUAUCGUCAAGCCAUUAGCAUGAGACCAGAUUUCAAACAGGCCUACAUAAGCAGGGGUGAAUUGCUUCUAAAGAUGAAUAAACCUCUGCAAGCUAAAGAAGCUUACCUAAUGGCUCUUGAAUUGGACCGAAGCAAUGCAGACCUAUGGUAUAACUUGGCAAUUGUUUAUAUUGAAUUGAAAGAUCCCUCUGAAGCACUGAAGAACUUCAAUCAGGCAUUAGAACUGAAUCCUAAUCACAAACUAGCCUUGUUCAAUUCUGCACUGUUGAUGCAAGAAUCUGGUGAGGCCAGCCUUAGGCCUGAAGCUAAAAAGAGACUUCUAAGUUAUAUAAAAGAAGAAUCUCAAGAUGCAAAUGGUUAUUUUAACUUAGGCAUGCUUGCAAUGGAUGAUAAAAAAGAUGAGGAAGCUGAGAUGUGGAUGAAAAAAGCCAUAAAGCUACUUCCAGGCUUCCGCAGUGCUUUGUUCAACUUGGCCUUGCUCUACUCUCAGACUGCAAAAGAGCUGAAAGCUUUACCCGUGCUGGAAGAGUUGCUGAGGUACUACCCAGAUCAUACCAAAGGUUUGAUUUUGAAGGGAGACAUUUUGAUGAACCAAAAGAAAGAUAUACAGGGAGCAAAACAAUGUUUUGAGAAAAUUCUGAAAAUGGAUCCAAACAAUGUGCAAGGAAAACACAACCUCUGUGUGGUUUACUUUGAAGAACGAGACUUACUAAAGGCAGAAAAAUGCUUAGUGGAAACACUGGCUUUAGCCCCACAUGAGGAAUACAUCCAACGCCAUUUAAGCAUUGUCCGAAGUAAAAUUGCUUCCCUCAGACCAGGGGAUUCAAGUGUGACUCAUACAGAAAAAGUAGCAUCUGUGGAAGAAAAAAAAACUCAGUCUGAACACUUGAAAGAGAUAAAAAAUGAGCAAAAAAAAUCUCAGACUACAAAUACUAAUGGCAGCAAGGGGCAGAGGAAAUCCAAAAAACAUGGAAAUAAAAACUCUACAGACAAAGAGACAAAAAAGAAAUCAACAAAAGAAAUAAAAGAGAUAGAGAAAAAAAGAGUUGCUGCACUGAAAAGACUGGAAGAGAUUGAACGUAUAUUAAAUGGUGAAUAAUUGCUUGGAGCACCACUGUAAGGGAAACUGGCAUCUAUUUUGCAGAUUUUACAUGUGCAUUGCAUGUGUUUUCAGUCAAAGUGAUCACCGGGUGCUUUUGAAUUUUGAAAGAAUAUUGAAAUGUUAACUAAAAUUGAAGAAGCUAAACAAUGAAUAGGAAAAGCCAUGGCUUUUAACCAAGGAUGCUUGGUUACGGAGUUGCACAUAACUGAAACACAAGGACUUUUCCAGCAAUGGAAGCUAUAUUCUAAUAUUACCGGUUAGAAUAGCUUAUUACUUCAGAAACAAAUCUCACUAAACUAAACUCCUUAUUUGAAAGCAAGCAUGUAAGAGCUUGGAUGCAAAAUACUUGCAACCAACUAUGCUCAGUUCUUUCUGUUCUCAAAGAACAGUUGAAAUGUUGAUAGAUAAAUAUUAAAGAGAGCCUCAGGUUUAUUGGUUCACCAGACUAAUUUUACUAGAAGAAACCAUUGGUCUGAGUAUUUAAGCAUUAUAAAUUAAUUUGGAUGACUAUUAUUUUAUUUCAUACAUCAGAUCAUUUUUUAUGUAAAUGUAUGUGGCAUAUUCCCAUUUUGUCCUCCUGCUUCCCUGUAAGUAUUAAUGUUCCAGAAUGCAUUGGGAAUUAAUUAGCAAAUACCACUUGUGUUGCUGUAUGUGCAUGCAUGCAUUUGAUGUUUUUUUUAAAAAAAAAAUUUUAAUCACUCAAAAGGUAGUGAUUUUCUGUAUCGUGGGGACAAGCAGGAAUUCUCAUCCCCAAAAGAUAUCCCUACUGAAAAGCUUUGUCCUGUUUUUUUGUUUUGUUUGUUACCAGCACAAUCCUCUGAGAUUUCUAAUAUAGGAAAAAUGUAACUGUUUCUGAACUGUCAUCCAUUUUUUAAGAAAUAAUGCAAAACCUACGGGAUCAUUUCUAAGAUGGUGGAUUUUUUAAAAAUUAUUUUAUGGUUGAAUGCAACAUCUCACAAUAUAAACCAGGUAUCUUUUUAAGCUCCUCGCUGUUUAAAUUGCCUUCCUGUGAUAAUGCAUUAUCAGGAAUGGCAAACCAUUUCAGUUUUAUUUGCAAUCAUGGUAAUUAUGUUUGAAUAUAUAAAA